CGUCGCCGUGGAGACGGGGGCGGGGCCGGCGCGGACCUGCGUGCAGAGGCGCGGGAACCUCAGAGGCUGGUUUGGGCUGCGCCAGCGGGCCGGGUCCGCUUCGUGUUUACCAAAACUUCGGGGCGCGAGGCGGGAGGCUAGGCUUCCCCAGGCGCGAGGCCGGGUUCGAUAGUCCCCAGCCUCUCAGUGGCUUGGACCCUCCAGCCGGAGCCCAGCGGCGAGCGCGCGAUCUUCCGAGUCCGGCCAGUUAGAAGGGGAAGAUAAAAGAUUUUGAUUCAUGAAGAAUCUGCUCACUAAGAAGUGUAUAUCAAGCUACUGGUUGAAAUACCAUCAAAAAGGGAUUAAGUGGAGAAUGGAGAGGAAGGUUGACUCCAGGUCUUUUAGGGAUGGUGCAGUUAAGAAACCUUAUUCUCCAAAGAUACUGUCCAACAAGAAGUGUUCUGCCUUCCCUGGUAUGCGGAGUGAGAUCCCCAAGGCCCAUCGCCCAAUACAGUUUCUUCCCUCACUUGCCAGACCCCGAAGGGGCCGGCUAAGGGAACUGCGCCUCAGAUGCGUGGCCAGAAAGUUCUUGUAUUUGUGGAUUCGAAUGACUUUUGGAAGAGUAUUUCCCUCUAAAGCCAGGUUUUACUAUGAGCAGAGAAUUCUACGCAAGGUCUUUGAAGAAUGGAAAGAAGAGUGGUGGGUUUCUCAUCGAGAGUGGAAACUCUGUGUUCGAGCCGACUGUCACUACAGAUAUUACCUCUACAACUUGACGUUCCAGACCUGGAAGGCCUAUGUGCAUCAGCAGCAGGAGAUGAGAAACAAGUACAUGAGAGCUGAGGAUCAUGAUGCAAAGCAUAAGAUGCGACGGGCCUGGAAGUCCUGGUUGAUCUACUUGGUUUUUCGUAAGACCAAACUUCAGAUGCAGACCACUGCCCUCGAAUUUAGGCAGCACCGUGUUCUCUGGGUGUGGUGGAGUGAGUGGAGGCGGCAACUGGGACAGGUUCGCCUGGGCCAUGCACUCCAGGCCUCGGCUGUGAAGCACAGAGUUCAGAGCCUCCAACUGCAGGCAUGGUCACGGUGGCGGGAACAGCUCCUUCAUGUCUGGAGGGAGAGACAGAAGGUGGUCUCUGCAGUUCAACACCACCAGUGCCGGCAGAAGUGGAGAUUCCUGAAGGCCUGGCUUGAGUACCUGCAUGUGCGCAGAGUGAAGAGACAGCGGAACACGAUGGCUGAGCGAUUUCACUACGUCACUGUGCUCCAGGCGCACUUCUGUGAUUGGCAGUGGGCCUGGGAGCGGAGGCAGAGCUUGUACGCCCACCAGGCUCGGGUGAAGGGGCUGGCCAGGAGGAUGGCGCUGCGCAGGGCCUUUACGCACUGGAAACACUAUGUGCUACUGUGUGCAGAAGCUGUCAUCUGGAGGAAGGGGGCUGAGGAGCACCGCAGGCGCUGCUUGCUGCAUUUUUGCUUUAGAGCCUUGAAAGACAACGUGACCCGUGCCCACCUCCAGCGAAUGAGGAGGAAUCUCGCUCACCAGCAGCAUCAUGUCAUGCUACUGCGCAGGUUCUGGAACGUCUGGCAGUCUCGGAUCGAGCAGAGGGAGGAAAGAGAGCACCUCCCCUCCCUGUGUGCUGCCUGGGACCACUACAGAGUAACAUUGCUGCGCCAGUGUUUCAAGUCAUGGUUACAGUACACCCGGAAGCGGCGGUCCCAGCAGCUGUUGCAGGCCCGAGCUGACAGUCACUUCCAGCAGAGAGCCCUGCCUGCAGCCUUCCAGGCAUGGAGGAGACUCUGGCAGUGGCGCCAGCAGGAGCAAGUCCUCAGUGCAAGAGCCAUGUGCUUCCACAGAGAGAUGUUAGAGAAGCAAGUGUUUGCAGUUUGGUGUCAGAAGAUGUCUCAGCGUCGAGAUUACCGCUUGGCAGAGAGAAUGGCCAUCCUCCACGCAGAGCGGCAGCUUCUGCGGAGGCACUGGUCCACGUGGUGCCAGCAGGCAGCGGCAUGUUGUCUGGAGCAGCUGUGGCAAGCAGUGGCCCGUGCCCACCACCGCCUGGAGCGGCUCAGGAAGGCCUUCUGUGUGUGGAGGGAGCGCACCCAAGGACUCAGAACAGAGAGAAUGGGCAGAUCAUGGGCUGCACGGUUCCACUCAACCCGGCUCCUGCGUUGGGCCUGGACCAGGUGGAGGGAGGGCCUGGCCCUGCGCAGUGCCGAGCGGCAACAGCUGAUGCGAGCCGACCUGCAUCGCCAGCACAUCUUGCUGCACAGGGUGCUGCAGACCUGGAGGAUCCACCAGAGCCAUGUGCGGAGUGUCCUGCAGGAGGUGGCAGCCAGGGAGGCCUGGCACAGGAGGCAGCGGCUGCGGGCUGCGUUCCGUCAGUGGAGAGAGAAUGCCGUGGCCCAAGCAGACAAAGCUAAGAAGACCUCUCAGGCAGCACAUCACUACAGAAGGACCCUGUGCUUCAAGGUCUUGAUGGAGUGGCGGGAGGCCGCGUCGGUGCAGGUGUACUAUCGACAGCAGGAAGACGACGCAGUCAGGGAAGCGCAGGUUGUGCUGAGCCGGGGCCACCUCAGGACCUGGUUUUGGCGCUGGUGGGACCACAGCCAGAGGGCCGCUUGGCAGAGGGUCCAGCUAGAGAGGGCGGCGCAGCACUACCGCCGGCGGCUGCUGCUACAGGCCGUGGCCCAGUGGAAGGCACACCAUCUGGGCUGCAUCAGGAAGAGGCUCCUGCAGAGGCAGGCCGCCCGGCUCCUGGCCCAGACGCUCUGCCAGGCCUGCUUCCACCAGUGGAGACGACAGCUGGAGGACAGGAGGCGGGAGCGGCAGGAAACAGCACGUGCCCUGUGGUUCUGGGCCUUCUCGCUACAGGCAAAGGUGUGGGCUGCUUGGCUGGGCUUCGUGCUGGAGAGGAGGAGGAAGAAGGCACGGCAGGAGCGGGCAGUGCAGGCCUACCACCAGCAGCUCCUCCGGGAGGGUGUCACGCGUCUCCUGCGGUUCGCAGCGGGCACGAAGGCCUUCCGGCAGCGGCUACACGCACAGCAGCAGGUGCAGGCAGCCCACAGUCUCCAGCGCACUGUCCGUCGCUGUGCCACACUCUGGAAACAGACGCUGGGCCCAGGCAGGGGGCCUCAGCCUCCCACAUCUGCCGUUCUCAGCAGGAGAGUGACGUUCGAGGAUCCCCCUCUCAGCAGUGUUGCUGCUGGGACUGGCGAUGCCUCCCUGGAGACCAAGAGGCCACCAGCUCCUCGUGGGCUUUGGGGAGCUCUGGGCAGCCCGGUGUCGGCCGCUGGAGAACCCCAACUCCUGGAGCUCAAUGCUGCCCGCUGGGCACGGAAGCAGCCGCGAUGCCCAGACUUCCUGCUGGAGCCAGAGGCGAGCCAGACACCCCUGGGGGGGCAGGGGCCUGAGGCUCUGUGGGGACGUGACCCUGCCCUGGUGACACCCUUUCUGGCAAAGGCAAAGGCCUGGGCAGCCCUGGAUCCAAGCAGCCCUCUGCCAAGUGCCCCUGGCCUGAAGCCACCCCCCUCAGUGGGUCCAGGCCCAGAGCUGCUGCCCCCUUCCUCCUUCACACCAUGUGGGGCCAGGGCGCCAUCCCAGCCGACAACCUCUGGGCUUUGGCCCCAGGCCCCAUCAUCCCCGGACAGCACCCCCAACCCCCACCUGCUCCUUCCUGGGAACUUCAUGGGCACUUCACAGGCUGGUCCUGGCCCUGACACUGUGGGUGUGUACCUGGGGUCAGUUAGUGCCUCGAGGGUUCAGGCUACUCCUGGCAUCCGGGACCCCUGGGUUCAGCCUGGGCCCAGCCAGGAGGAAGGUCAAGACCAAGCUCAAUUUUCUGCUGCCACUGGCCACACCACCCUGGUGGCUGAGCUUGAGGGCAUCCAGCAGCAACUGCAGGACUACCAGACCAUGAAGCAGAACCUUAGGUCCUGCCAGCGGCAAGCAAGCAGCCUGCGUCGGUGGCUAGAGCUGAGCCGGGAGGAGCCCAGGCCAGAGGACCAGGAAGCAGAGCGGCAGGUGCAGCAAGAGCUGCAGGAGCUGGAAAUGCAGAUCCAGCAGCUGAGUUCUGAGCUGCAGGCCCAGCGCCAGCCCAUUCGUGCCUGCAUCGCCCGUGUCCAGGCCCUGCGGCAGACUCUGUGCUAGUCACGGCCCCACAUCCAGGAACAGAACGCAAAGCUGCAAUGAGUUUUUAUUCCAAAAUGUUGCAAUUAAAUGAAUCACUGUUCA